UCCUCAACAUUGCACUGCACACUCACUUCAAGAUGAGCGUCAGAGUUGUAGCCCGGGUUCGACCUCUUCUCAAGUCAGAGCUCGAAAAAGAUCAGAUUGUUACCAGCCAUGCCGUGACAGAUGGUGGACCAACAAUUGUCAAAAUACCCAACCCCAAGAACUUCGCCGAAGAGUUCAGUUUCCAAUUCAACAGUGUCUAUGAGCAGGAAUCUACUCAGCAAGAACUAUUUGAAGCUGAAGUCGCACCAACCAUCAAACACCUCUUCCUCGGCUACGAUGUCACAAUUUUCGCAUAUGGCUCGACUGGUACCGGGAAGACGCACACAAUGCGUGGUGGAAAAUCACUGGCAGACCGGGGCAUGAUUCCACGAAUGCUCAGCAACAUAUACAGAAAGAGUAGAGCUCUGGAGAAAAGCACCAACGGCGACACGAAUGCAACAGUUUCAAUGAGCUACUACGAAAUAUACAAUGACCGAGUGUAUGACCUUUUCGAGCCGCCGGACAAGCGAACACCAACGGGUCUACCCAUCAGAGAGGCUGAAGGUGGCAAGACCGUCGUUGUUGGGUUAACAGAAGUUCCCUGUGGUUCGCUGAAAGAUUUCGAGAUCCUUUACGACAAAGCCAACGCCAACCGUAGUACUGGAGCCACCAAGCUCAACGCUCAUUCAUCUCGCUCACACGCCAUUCUAUGUGUCAAACUAACGGUUACAAGUCCAACGGAAACAAGAGUCAGCAUGGCGUCUGCUAUUGAUCUGGCUGGCUCGGAGGACAAUCGUCGGACCGGAAAUGGCAAGGACAGAAUGGUCGAGUCUGCAAGCAUCAACAAGUCACUCUUCGUACUCGCUCAAUGUGUGGAAGCCAUCGGAAAGAAACAACAUCGCAUUCCGUAUCGAGAAUCCAAAAUGACCCGGAUUCUGUCACUCGGACAGAACAAUGGCUUUACUGUCAUGAUCCUCAAUCUAGCGCCCGUCAAAGCAUUCCACCUCGACACGUUAAGUUCGUUGAACUUUGCCAAUCGCACAAAGAAGAUCGAAGUUCGCGAGGUCGAGAAUGAUCCCGUCUUUAAAGGUCCACCGCGACAAGUUCCUGGAGCGUCUCUAGGUGGUCCAACAAUACAACGCCAGCCACUUCGGCCGCUCACACACAGCAUCAAUGUGAAUCUGAUAGCCAACAAGGACGCCCCCAGCAAGAAUGAGAAACCACCAAAAGCAUUUUCUGUGUACUCCGAUCGCUACAAGCCCUCCAUCCCAAAGCCAGUGCCGCAGAAAUCUCCACCCUUGAAACGCACAGCAGACAUCGCCUUCAGCGGCUCCUCUCGACCAGCCAAAGCCUCUCGGCCAACACCAAGCUUCAUUCGCCGUGCACCGGAACCAGCCAAUCUGACAAAGGCGUCAAUUGAAACUCUUGUAGAGCAAAAAGUAUCCGAGAUUCUGGCUGCGCGUGCUUUGAACGCUCCUGAUCCUCAACCCACAAAGACGAUAUCUGAAGAAGUCCAACGCCGUCUGGACAGCAUCGAGAAACGUCUCGAAGGACAAGAAGGAGAGCGUGCGGAAGGCCUGAGUUAUCUAUUUAUGGCAAAACAACAUCAAGCUCGCGGCGAAGAUGGCAGUGCGUUGAAGAUGUACGAGUUGGCACGACCUUACUUCCCCGACAAUCAAAAGCUGGCCAGCAAGAUAGAGAGAUUGAGGGAGAGGAUGGCUCGGAAACGAGAUGAAGACGAAGAGUCAAGCCUUAGGUCCAAGGAGACAGUGGUGAAGGAUACCAGUGCCCGGAGUCGGAACAACGCGCACGACGACGACGACGACGACGACGACGACGAGAGCUACCAUGAUGACGGCGAAGGCGACGGCGAAUCAGCGUACAACGACUACGAUGAGGAGGAUUAUGAGGAUGACGGCUUUCGGCGCGCAGGUCGGUCGAGGAAACUCGCCAAGGCGAAACGGGAGCGGAAACAUGUCUCUUCGCCAGAUCCAAUCGGUCAUCAGGACGGCGAUAUUGGCGUCUUGACUCCCCGCACAAAAUAUCUCAUCGACGUGCUCAAUAGCCGAGAUGUGACGAGGAUCAAGUCUCUGAGUGGUCUUGGAGCGAAGAGGGCAGAGGGCAUCGUCGACUUUCUCCACGGAGAUGGCAAUAAUGAUGACGGUUGUGAAGGUGCUGGCGGUGGCAUGAUUCUACAUUCUUGGAACGAUUUGACGAGGCUACGUGGUGUAGGGAAGAAGACUCUCGAGACCAUGAGGGAAGGUGUUGUUGUAUGAUUGUAUGGUGGCCGACUCUUCUGUUUUUUCUCCUCGCGGCGGUGUUGAUAUCAUUUUCUUGAUUCUAUUCGGCAUAGCGAGGAGCGUUGGAAUUGGCCGGCGGUAUUGCUUCGGUGGUGAAAAUGCACUGAUGUUGAUAUCCAUAACCUAGGGGGCUUUUCUCUCUCUCGUCGAGUACCUUGUGCUUCCAGACACACUUUGAUGUCACUGCUUUUAUUGUUGACGGUAUUUUUGACAGUAAUCUUU